AAGAACUGGUAAGGGUCAUUCCUUGACUUGUGAACUCAGUUUGCUUUCGCUGAGCUACGAUCAUACAUCAUGAGGUUCACAGAUUCUAUUUUAGUACCUAGGCUAGCACAAAGAAUAGGAAGAACAUUAUUCAUAUUCUUACUUUUAAGUACUGAGAUAAUUGCGCAAAGUUUAUUCAGAUCUGGAAAAGAAUAUGUAUAUUCUUACAACGCCACGUCGAGCACUGGUGUGCUGGUGCCUUCCAACGCAGCUUCUUCAUGGAAUCUCAAUGGAAAACUCGUAAUUCAGGCGGAAGAUAACUAUGUCACAGUACAGUUGCAAUCAUUGAAGAUGAACAUGUAUAAUGGAGAUGUAAAAGAGGUAGUAGAAGGUAUCGAUAUCUAUGAUGACGCUUUAGAACUUUUGAAACCUUUUCGUUUAUCGUACAACAAAGGACUCAUCGAAAACUUUAGCACCGAAGCUGAACCUGCAUGGGCGACGAAUAUAAAACGGAGCAUAGCUGGAAUUUUACAAUUAGAUCUUUUUAAUCUGGAAAAGGAGAGCGCAUUUCAUUCUACCGAAAUAAAUCAUUAUGGAAAAUGUGAUAUUGAUUACGUUGUAAGCCCUGAAGGCGAAACUCAGCGUUUAAUAAUGAAAUCGUUAGAUCCUCGGAUAUGUAUUGGGCAUCCAAGUCGCAAUUGGUCGAACGUUCCUAAAGUACAAUGCACUGAUGAGGAUCAAAAUCCCAUCUUGAAAAGUAGCGAGAGAGUAUAUCGAUUAAAAACCGAUGGAUUCAUUCACGAAAUCAUCUCCGUUAAUGCAUCUGGAAGCAUCUACGUGCAACCUUUUCAAAGUAUGGGAGAGGCGCACUAUAAUUUGGUUCAACAAAAUAUUAAGUUAUCUUCAGUGAGGGAUACAGCAAAUAAGAUAGUUACGAAUAAUUUACAAACUACAGUCCUUCAACAUGAGUUACCAGAAGCGGAUCUCACACAGGGUAGAGGCACACCGGAUAAAAGUUUUAUUUUUAAAUCUAUAAGUCGUUUAUUAGAUCGUUUAAGCCACAGGCUCGAAAAUCCUGGUUUGGAUACCGAGAUUCAUAAUCUGCACAACACAACGAUAUCCGUGCUUCUCUAUUAUCUCGGUAUGUUAGAUCGCGUUGAUCUAGGAAAAGCCUACACUCGAAUCUCGGGAACUAGUUAUAAAGAGGAAACGAUACGAAACAUGUUUCUCGAAGCGCUGCCACAAGUUGGAAGUGAAGAAUCUGCGCUUUUUAUAUUGGAUCUUAUUCAGAGUAACAAAGUAUCCGACAUAUCUGCGAUUCAAUUACUUAUGCGGCUACCAUUUCACGUAAGAAAACUCGAUGUUCAACUGCUGGCCAGCCUCGAACCGCUUCUUACCCUCCCAAGGAAAAUCUCCACGAAGGUGCAAAAUACCGCGAUUCUGACCUACGGAACAUUAAUAUACAAAACUUGUCUAGUUUCUUGUCCGUAUGAAAUGUUAGAUGAUUACGUACGUCGGUACCUCAAUAAAUUUACAGAAACUAUCCAGUACGAGCAGAAGAUGGUCUGGUUGGAAGGUUUGGCAAAUAUACAGCUGGGUAGAGUUGUUGAGUUCUUAGAGCCUAUAGCUAGCGGCAAUAAUGCUGAAUCACGACAUUUUCGAGUACUAGCAGCUUGGGCCUCUAUUCCCACAGCACCAUUGAGGCCCGAUGUUAUUUAUCCUGUGUAUUGGCCAAUCUUGCUCAAUAGAACCGAGCAUUUGGAAAUGAGAGUCGCUGCGUUAACUUUGCUUAUUGUUUCUAGCCCUACAUCCAACAGAUUGAUAUCUCUAUAUUGGUACAUGCAAAACGAGCCCAGUCAACACUUGUACAAUUAUUUUUAUACGAUGCUGAAGUCUAUAGAACGCACCACGUACCCUUGUUAUAAGCGCAUAAGCAAAAUCGCAGCCCAAUUCAGCCGUGUACUCCGGGAACCAGAUAGAGAGUAUCUGGCUACAGGUAAUUACUUGGUUGAUUAUCAAGAUUCCUUAAGAGGAUUCGGCGCUAUGUUGCACGGCAUUGUCAUAGCCAACCCUUCUACAAAUAUUCCUGAAGUAAUAUACGUGACUUUAAAUAAUUAUGCUAGUGGAACGCACAUUAAUCAUGUAUCUUUAUAUAUCAAAGCAGAGGGUAUUUUCCACUCAUUAGCGACUUCUUUUGAAAAUCCGACGUAUAUAAAAGAUAUUUUGAAGGAAUUUAAAUUGGAUGAGCGCAAAAAAGGUCCUGUGCAUUUAGAAAUAAUUACACGUAUUCAAGAAAAAACAGUAUUGUGCGUUCACUGGAAUGAAACAAACAUAGUUGAGGGGUUGAAGUACUUGUCUUCUUUAUCGGAUAAUAUAUAUCAAACGUAUUAUAACAUGGAGUUUCACGUUAAUCAACAACGUAUAAAUGUGCCGUUAUCAUUAGAAUCAUUGCAAGUGACCGAUUUCGGUACCAAUGUUAGACUCGCAAUGACGGGAACGUCGUUGUUUUCAAUGAGAGGAAAUUUUACGCGUAAUUUUCCUGGACGAUAUAAUCAUAUUAUUUUGCGCACAUCUGUUCACGGCAUUGAAACAAUAGAAAAUUAUAAUCCGCUGGUUGAUUUGUGGCAUAGCGCUGAAAGAGUUCAGUCGCUACACGGAUAUCUUCCUAUUAACAUUACACUUGGAUUAGACGAACGGCCAUUUAUUUCAUACGACACCCUAGGAGACCGUCUUAAGAAAGGAAUUACAGUACACGCUAAAACGCUCACGAGCAUUAGAGGUGCCAAUGUUCGAUCAAAGUUGGAUCGAGUUUGUCGUUCAUGCUCUGUAUCGCACACAGUUGUAAAGUCGCCAUCUUCUAAUCUGCAGACGGUGAAUAUUCUUAACGUUGGACUUCCCGAAUUGGGUGAUCGACUACAAGUAAAGAUAUUUGAUUGCGAAAGCAUGAUAUCGCGUGAAACAUUAAUUAAUGACGUUUGGUCUUCUCAUCGAAGCAAUUAUCAUAGAAUGUGGCCAAGUAUAAAGUUUGCCUUAAUUGGACUGCAUUUCUUGGAUUACUUCACUUAUGUGCCACCAAAAGGUAGCUGCGGAUUAGCUGCUUAUAUCGAGGCACUCAAAUCUGGACCGUCUCAGACAAGAUUGGAAUACUUGAAAAGUGAAAAUCGUCAUAUUUUAUCUUUGACACAUCACGACCUACAAUCUUCGCAAAUUCUUCAUCAAUGGAAUAUAGCUGUAUUAUACGAAGCCACUAGCUGGUUGUCGGAUGUGAUUAAAUUUAAAGCGACCAAGAUUGUGCCUGGUGAACGCAUAUUUAAGUUUUGCGUAGAGGCCGAAAGACACGUGCCGUGGCAAUGGGAGAUUUUGAGUAACGAACCGAGUGAAUCCUCUCGUAUUAAAUUAAAUGUCGUUUGGGGGCUGUCUGAUAAUGCGAAAGGAAAAUGCAGCGGAUCCUCUAUAUCGUUGAACUUAAUUGGUGAAAUUAGCAGAGAGCAGCUCGAGGAAAGUAAAAGGACAAGUUGGCCUUACGGUGAAUGCAAAAAAGAAUCUGCGNGAAAGAAAAUCGUUCCUUAUACGAAUUCUUGUUACGAAGUAUCGAGAGAAUUAUCAACCUUGCGAAGAUAUAAAAUAUUUGUAAAAUAUGAAAACUUACCAGAGAGUUUGUCCAAGCUAGUCUGGAAAACGUAUGCCUUAUACGAUCUUAUCGGUGGAAAUAGCAGUAUCGCAAGAAAGUCUAAUGAACUCGCGAUAAUCGCGAUUUUUCCGAAAGAAUCAAAUGUUGGCGAACUGCAACUUAACGGGGACAAAAUUGCAAUUGAAUACAAUUCGUAUUACAUUGAUCUUUUCUUGACACGAACGAGAAUUCAUAAGUAUAUGGAAGCACCUUUAUUUAGGAUGUUUUCUAGCGCAUGUAUCAUAACGUCAGAUUCCAUAAAAUCGGCGUACAACACAGUUUACAAUUUCGUUGAAAAUAGUGAAGUGAUGUUACUCGGGCAAUGUUACGACGAAAAUCCUCGACUUGCAUUAACAGCAGUCAACGGUGUGUAUGGGAUCAACGUCAAUUUAACUGACGAAUCAGGAACUACACGGAUUAUAGCUGACAAGGAUAAAGGAAUCCUCUCUAAUGUUACAUCAUAUAUACAAUUGCAAUCUGAUUACACAUUUCAUACACUAGGGACUAAAAAGAUUAAAAUGGGCGACAAGGCAAUCGAUAUCUUGCUACCUAAUAUUUUUCUGUAUAUGCAUUGGACGAAGGAACAUGUUCUACUCUUUUUCCCUAAUCAUAUGUUAGAAUAUACUUGUGGAAUAUGCACACUCGAUCAUCCCAACGUCGACAGAUUGUAUGAAAAACUUUAAUUUACUCUGUAUAGAAAAUGUACAUACAUAUAUAAUGCAACAUGUUAAUGAUAUCGCUAAAUAAUAGUUUUACAUUCGUUUUUAAUAUACUUUUUAAUAUAUAUAUAUAUAAUAAAUAGUACAGUACAAAAAAGAUAUCUAUAUAAUUACAUAAUUAGAGCUCGGAUUUUCGGCCGUCGAAUCAAUCAGUCGAUUGAUACAUGGAAUGUCCUUAUUACGCAUCAAAUCAGUCCAGUUAUUAAUAAACUGAUUGCUAAUGAGCAAAUGCCGGAUGAUAUAAGCCGAACAUCUGAACGAUUUAUUACAUAAUCAUUUUAUUGUACUCAUAUUGUUUUUCUGUCAUAAAAUAUAAACUUUAGCAAAUAAUAAGCUUUAAACAUACUCUAUCUAGUUUAAAUGACUAAAUGAUUAAAGCUCUAGAUGUUAACUGAUUACUAGUCUUAAAUAUUGUUUACUGUUUAUUAAAAAAUAAUACUAAGAAUUUUACGUAACGGUUUAUAGAUAAAUAAUUUAGCUUCUUUAUUAACCAGUCUUAACCAUUAAAGAACUUAUACUAUGUGAAAUUGUAUAUGCAAGCACAUUACAUGCACGUUAUAUGUUACGUUAAUAAUUACAUCCGGCAUGUAAAUUGUGCCUUCUUUUGUAACACAGGUUUUGUUAUAAUGUACUUCAAAUGUUUAAAACUUCUAUUUAAUACAUGACAAGUAAUAUACAAA